ACCACUUCUAGAAAGAGCUAUUUUAACACAAGCAACUCAAAGAAAUCUCUUUUACAGAACUGGGUAUACCGAGAAAUGUUCCUCUCAAAUACAGCCUUUUGAUGGACAGGAGUUUCUAAGUGUCAUGCUCACCAACAAGCUAUAAGAUGACCACCCCUCACAAUCAAGCUCAACCUGGCCCUUCUAUCGACCCAUAUCCAGACGAAUACAAAAUAGCAGCCCUUGUCUUCUACAGCUGCAUCUUCAUAACUGGCUUAUUUGUUAAUGUCACCGCCUUAUGGGUUUUCAGUUGUACCACCAAGAAGAGAACCACUGUAACCAUCUAUAUGAUGAAUGUGGCACUACUGGACUUGAUAUUUAUAAUGAGCUUACCCUUUCGAAUGUUUUAUUACGCAAAAGGUGAAUGGCCGUUUGGAGAGUACUUCUGCCAGAUUCUUGGGGCUCUCACGGUGUUUUAUCCAAGUAUUGCUCUAUGGCUUCUUGCUUUCAUUAGUGCCGACAGAUACAUGGCCAUUGUACAGCCGAAAUAUGCCAAGGAACUUAAAAACACAUGCAAGGCCGUGCUAGCAUGUGUGGGAGUCUGGAUAAUGACCCUGACAACCACCAUCCCACUCCUACUGCUCUAUGAAGACCCAGAUAAAGCCUCCACCCCUGCCACCUGCCUCAAGAUUUCUGACAUCAUCUACUUAAAAGCUAUUAAUGCGCUGAACUUCACUCGACUGAUUUUCUUUUUCUUGAUUCCUCUGUUCAUCAUGAUUGGGUGCUACUUAGUCAUUAUUCAUAGUCUCCUUCACGGUAAGACAUCUAAGCUGAAGCCAAAAGUCAAGGAGAAGUCUAUACGGAUCAUUAUCACGCUCAUGGUGCAGGUGCUCGUCUGCUUCAUGCCUUUCCACAUCUGCUUUGCUUUCCUGAUGCUGGGAGGGGAUGAGAACAGCUACAACCCCUGGGGAGCCUUCACCACCUUCCUCAUGAACCUCAGCACCUGUCUGGAUGUGAUUCUCUACUACAUUGUUUCAAAACAAUUUCAGGCUCGAGUCAUUAGUGUCAUGUUAUACCGCAAUUAUCUUCGGAGUGUGCGCAGAAAGAGCUUCCGCUCAGGUAGCUUACGGUCCCUAAGCAACAUAAACAGUGAAAUGUUAUGAACGGUCAUUG